AUGUCUGCUCAUCUGCAAUGGGUGGUCGGAGGGAACUGCUCCGGCUCCCUGAUCAAGAGGAACAAGCAGACGGACAGCACGGAACCCAGUAACCCGAAGGCCCGCAACUCCUUUUGCUACAAAGGGCUGAUUCACUGCAAAACGGUGGGCGUGGAGCCUGCAGCCCACAGCAUAGGUGUGCUGGUGGUCAUGAAGCGGCGAUCCGGCCGGCGAAAGCCUGUCACCUCCUAUGUGCGGACCACCAUCAACAAGAACGCCUGGGCCACCCUGAGCAGCACCCCAUAUUUGAUCCGCAAGAACAAGUACCUCCUGGAUCUGCACAUGGCUGCCAUCCACAGGGCCCAGCCAGAAGUCCGUGAUGUUUCCUUUUCUCUUGCUUCUUCUUCAACUGUGUUCCUGUUCCAGUUCCAACAACUCCCCGUUAGUCAGUUCCUCAGGAACCGCCUCUCGGAGCUCCUCACUGUCAUCGUCAUGAGCACGCAGGUUACGCUUGUUUGCCAUCUCAACCACAGCCUUGAUUUUUGCAACCUCCUCAACUUGGCAAAUCCUUUGAAGUCACAAACCUUUGGAGUGUCUUCUUCCAGAUGCUAUUGA